GGAUCUCAGGUGAUAUGGUUCUUCUUGGUGUCUUUAAGCCAUGGUAAGCUGGGACGGUGAACAGAUGAGUGGGGAGCAGCUGGGAUGAUAGUUGGUUCCUCCAAAAAAGGAUAAAGGUGGAACGCUCCCUCAGAGUUGGAGUACCUAAUAGAAGUAGAGGGACAUCUGAGUUCCAGUAGAUGAUGAGCUGCUGGUGGACUGUCAACAGCAUGGACCCGUUCAAGGCAACGUUUCUUCUGGGAGCCUUUCUUUGCUCUGUCGGGGGUACCGAGGUGGACGGCUACGCUAAAACUGAGGGGGCGUGGGUGCUUUCGCUGAACAAAAGACAGUAUACAGUCAACACUGUGGCUGAGUGUGCCACCAAAUGUGACACUGAAACAUCUUUCCUCUGCAAGGCAUUUACAUAUGUAGAGAAGGACCAGGAAUGUUGGACAGCAGCAUCAAACUCAAAAACGGAGCUUGUCCUACGCCGGCGAAGCUCAGCUUUAUAUGAAAAAAACAAAUAUCUUUUGGAGUGUGUGAAUGGAACAGGAACAGAUUACAGAGGAACAAAGAGCAGAACAAAAUCAGGAACGCUGUGUCAGAGAUGGGCUUCAAGAUUCCCACACAAGCCCAACUACACACCAGACAAAAAUCCACUUGCAGAUUUGGACUCCAACUUCUGCAGAAACCCUGACGGGGACAUAAAUGGACCCUGGUGUUAUACCACUGACCCAAAUACUCGCUGGGAGUCCUGCAACAUACCCAGCUGUACUGAGGAGUGUAUGUACUGCAACGGUGAGGACUACAGGGGAAAAAUCUCCACUACUGAGAACGGUUUCACCUGCCAGCGCUGGGACUCCCAAGAGCCUCAUAACCACGGCUACAACCCAACUGCUCUUCCAGACAAGUUUCUGGAAGAGAACUAUUGCAGAAACCUGGAUGGAGAACCUCGACCCUGGUGUUUGACCACCAGCCCGUCUAAACGAUGGGAUUUUUGCUCCGUUCCCCGCUGCACCUCUGCACCGGAGCUUCCCACCGUCGCCCCUGAGCUGACCUGUAUGACUGGGGAAGGUAAAGCGUACCGCGGGACAGUCGCUGUAACUCAGAGUGGUAAACCAUGCCAGAGGUGGUCGGCUCAGAUGCCACACCCUCACAAUCGCACGCCAGAAAACUACCCCUGCAAAGGCUUAGAUGAUAACUACUGCCGUAACCCUGAUAAUAAGAAGCGGCCCUGGUGUUACACCACAGACCCUGAAACCCGCUGGGAGUUCUGCAAUGUGACACGUUGUGGAAACACACCUGAUCCAGACGAGGCAGUGAUCCCCACUGAAGAAGAUGACUGCUAUGAGGGCAACGGUUCCAGUUAUCGAGGAAUAACAUCAGAGACUGUCAGUGGAAAAAAGUGCCAAAUGUGGAGCUCACAAACUCCUCACCAACAUCAAAAGCGUCCAGAAAAAUUUCCUGAAGCGGACCUCAGGAGGAAUCUGUGCAGGAACCCAGAUGGAGACCAAGCUCCUUGGUGUUACACCAUAGAUCCCAAAGUCCGCUGGGAGUAUUGCAACUUGGAGAAAUGCUCUUCCAAUGCCCCAAACGCUCCAAUUCCAACUGCCCCUGGUCCACAGACCACCCAGAGUCCAACAGAGAAAGACUGCAAGGUUGACAAUGGAGUGACUUACCGAGGUCCAACCUCCAUCACGCAACUUGGUGUGACUUGUCAAGCGUGGAGUUCCCAGACUCCUCAUGAACACAAUAGCUUCACACCACAAAGUCACCCAGAUAAAGGUCUGGAGGGCAAUAACUGCAGAAACCCAGAUAACGAUGCCCAUGGACCCUGGUGCUACACUACUGACCGUAACAAGAAGUGGGACUACUGCCAGAUCCCUGAUUGUGCUGGAAUGAACUGUGGGUCACCAGCAAUCAAACCCAAGCGCUGUUUUGGUCGUGUUGUUGGUGGCUGCAUAUCCCGACCUCAUUCAUGGCCCUGGCAAAUCAGCCUCAGGACCAGUUCAGGAACCCAUUUCUGUGGAGGAACGCUGAUUCAUCGUCAGUGGGUUCUCACUGCCAAACACUGCCUGGAAAGGUCCAUCCGUCCCUCGUCAUAUCAGGUAGUCCUGGGAAUCCACAGAGAUGCAGCAAUGGAGACGACUAAACAAGUGAGGCGACUGGAGAAAUUGGUGCUGGGACCGGAUGGAGCGGACAUUGCUCUGCUCAAACUGGACACGCCUGCUGUGAUUAAUGACCAGGUGCAGCUCGUUUGUCUGCCAGAUAAAGACUACAUUGUUCCCAGUGGAACUGAAUGUUACGUCACUGGUUGGGGCGAAACUCAAAACACUGGAGGUGAAGGCUACCUGAAAGAAGCUGGCUUCCCUGUAAUUGAGAAUAAGAUAUGCAACCAGCCGUCCUACCUGAACGGCAGAGUCAGGGACCACGAGAUGUGUGCAGGACACAUCAACGGAGGAGUCGACAGCUGUCAGGGUGACAGUGGUGGUCCUCUGGUCUGUUAUGCACAGAAUAGGUACAUCCUGCAGGGUGUGACAUCAUGGGGUUUGGGAUGUGCCAAUGCCAUGAAACCUGGAGUCUACGCUAGAGUUUCAAAAUUUGUUGACUGGAUUGAUCAAACAGUAAAAGCUGGUUAACAAAAUGAUGAUAUUCACCACAGAAAAUGAAUGUAUAUCAGACCAAAAACACAUUAUUUCAAAUAAAUGGAACAUUCUCUCCAUGGAAAAUGUAUUAAAGGAUUAUUUUUUGAGAGAGUUAAAACAAUUAAGUUUUUUUUGUUUUUUUUUGUUUCAUGUUCAUUCUUCUCAAUUCCUCUUUUUUCCUCUGAUGCUAAGUGAGGUGGCAGCAGAAUUUUUGACUUUAACAAGAUCUUGCCAAAUAAAAAGCUUCCUGAGAAAUGGCAGAAAA